CACCCCCCCCGCCACCAGCACCCCCCGCGGCACCAGCAUCAGCUCCCCCCGCGGCACCAGCAUCAGCACCCCCCGCGGCACCAGCACCAGCUCCCCCCGCGUUACCACCAGCACCAGCUCCCCCCGCGUUACCACCAGCACCAGCUCCCCCCGCGUUACCACCAGCACCAGCUCCCCCCGCGUUACCACCAGCACCAGCUCCCCCCGCGUUACCACCAGCACCAGCUCCGGACAUGUGUACAUUGCUGCCGGCCAAUCCAUGCCUGCCCGGCGCGUGUGUGAGCAACUUCUCAACUGCCUCCAGCUACAGCUGUCACUGCCCCAAUGGCUAUGACCAGGCCACGAUUGCGCGCGCACCGACGUGCCGCGUGUCGUCCACAGCAGCACCGCCGCCCAGAAGCAGCUGUGCUGCUUUCUCCUCCAACCCGUGCCUUCCCGGCGCGUGUGUGAACGACUCGGUGGGCGCUGCAGGGUAUGCAUGCAGCUGCCCGCCUGGCCUUGUGCACACCUCCCGCAACCACAGGCCAUCAUGCUCCAAAGAAGUGAACACAUGGCAGUGCGCCGAUGCCAUCUACGCCUGCUUGGACGUAUCGCCGCGCUGCUACUGGGUGGAUGGCACCGCCUACUCCUGCUCCGGCGCCAUGCCCCACUCACCCUUCAACUGCGCCAGACUUCCAAGCAGGCCGGCCAACUGUUUAGAUGUCACCCUGGGCUUGUGUCUACCCGGCUUCUGCCGCACCAACAAGUCGGCGUUUCUCGGCUGCUUGUGCGCCGCCGGCUUCAGCCAAGUCAACCCUUCUGCAGGCGACCCUUACUGCGCACCAGUCAAUUCUGGGAAGAGCACAUGCCCCUACAGCAACAACCCUUGCGGCAACGGCAACUGCAGUGGCACGGGCAAUGACAAUGGUUACACAUGCGGUUGUUUGCCUGGUUACCAUGCUGCACAAGUCAAGGGGUCGCUUACCUGCUCUGUCGGCAAUCCCGGAAACAGCAGCACAUGCCCCUACAGCAACAACCCUUGUGGCAACGGCAACUGCAGUGGCACGGGCAAUGGCAAUGGUUACACAUGCCGUUGCUCGCCUGGUUACCAUGCUACUCAAGUCAAUGGGUCGCUUACCUGCUCUGUCGAGCCGUCACCAGGAUUAUCGUCCGCAGCCAUAGCUGGAAUAGCGGUUGGUGCUUCAUGUCUUCUCCUCCUGCUCAUCCUGACUGUCUUGCUCUGGCUAAGGCACCAUCUUCAACAGGGCAAAAAAGCUAAGGGGCACAAGGGUGGGGCACAGGCAGACCAAGGAGUGCCCCUGUGUCGGGAGAUGCAGUUGGAGGAGCUGGUUGCUGCUACGGACAACUGGUCUCCAAGCAACCUCGUGGGGACGGGCGGGCAUGGCGAUGUGUUCCGAGGAGUGCCCCCUGGUGGCGACCCUGGCACUGUGUGGGCUGUGAAGCGCGCCAAAAUCAUCACCAAGGACUUCCGGAGAGAGGUGCAGCAAAUGGCAUCGAAGCACCACCCGAACCUGGUGCGGCUGCUGGGGUACUGUGUGCACAUGGAUGCGCGCACAGAGGAGCAUGAGCAGAUCGUGGUGUAUGAGUUCAUGGAUGGGGGCGACCUGCUUUACCAUGUGCAUGCUCACAAGGACUCGGGCAUGCCUCCACUUUCCCUGAAGCAGCGUGUGAGUGUGCUGGUGGACAUGGCUCGAGGGCUGCACUACCUGCACAGUUUUGGCAUCGUGCAUCGCGACAUCAAGCCCGCCAACAUCCUACUGGACCGCCACAUGACGGCUAAGAUCGCAGACUUUGGGAUUGCGCGCAUGGGGGAUGAGAGCUCGAACGGCGAUACGACUCGCAUCCUGGGCACCCCGGGUUACAUGGACCCCGCUUACUCCAAGUCCCGCAUGGCCACCUCUGCUGCUGACGUGUACAGCUACGGCGUGGUCAUGCUAGAGUUGCUCACAGCGCGACAAGCACUGCAGAAGAUCGGAGACCAAAACGUCCACAUUCGACAAUUG